AUGAGGAGCCGUGACCGCAGCCCGUGCCCCACGGCACUGACGGACUACCUGCGCCACUGCAGCAUGCACGGCGUCCGCUACAUCGUCGAAGAAGGCCGCCAUUGGUCUGAGAGGCUGCUGUGGGCAGUGGGAGUACUGGCAGGCCUGGUAGGAAUGGUGCUGUUCAUGCGCGAGGUGUGGCAGCAGGUGGCGGAGUCGCCCACCGUGGUGUCUGUCGCCUCCACCGAGCACUACCUGCUGGGCACCGACUUCCCCGCAGUCACCAUCAACAAGGUGCAGCGCUCCGCUGCCACCCGCUUCUACCACAAGUGGGGCCUGCAGGCGGUGCUCAGCGCCGGCGACUUCGAGGCGUUCGUCCGCCAGCUGGCCGGCCUGACGCAGCCGGAGCGCUUCCGAGGCGCCCUGCCGCACCGCCUCGCCGACAUGACCGCCUUCCUCGCCGCGCGAAACCUCUCGCUGAGAGACGUCAUGUGGCAGAGCGGUUCUUUGCAGCUGGCACCGUCCUGCGAGUCGCUGAUGGUCCGCUGCCUCUGGCGGAAGCAAAUCGUCAACUGCUCGCAGCUCUUCACUCGUCAGAAGUCGGACGCGGGCUUCUGCUGCUCUUUCAACUACAACACCGAUGGCCCGCUGCGCAAGGUGGAGGGCGAGGGCUACACGCAGGGCCUGACGGUGCUUGUGGACCCCCUUCUGGACGACUACUACGUGGCCGCCUACUCCUUCCACGGGCUGCAGGUGCUCGUCCACUCUCCCGUCGACUACCCGUUCGUCGCCACCAGGAGCGUCAUCGUGCGGCCCAGGACGGAGACCUUCAUUCAACGUGGAAGCGCGGCGUGCGCGUGCCGGCAGGUGGACGUGACGGUGACGGAGAGCGCGCCGGCGAUGCGCGGCCUGCAGCCGUCGCGGCGGCCCUGCCUCUUCGGCGAGGACCCCGCGGCUCGCCGGCACGGCCCGCGCUACUCGGCCGGCAACUGCCUGCUACGCUGCCGCUCCCGCCUCAUCCACGACGCCUGCGGCUGCGCGCCCUACCACCACCUGUACACGGGGGACUUCAACUGGCUGACUGUGCGGACGGCGCAGGUGGACGGCCACCACGACUGCCUCUGCCGGCCGCUGUGCGACACGGUCAGCUUCCACACCACCGUCACCUCCGGAGACCUCUUCAACUCCAACUACGACUACAACAGCUUCUUCGGAGACAUACAGAUUGUCAAUCAGACCAUCCUCCACGUUUACCUGCAGGAGCUGCUGACACUGCGGUACCGUCGAGACGUGCUUUACAAUUGGAACUCACUCAUAGGCUCUCUGGGCGGCAGUGCGGGCCUCUUCCUGGGCUGCAGCCUGCUCAGCGUGCUGGAGCUGCUCUACUUCGUGACGCUGCGCGCCCUCUGCGCCUCCAGGCGGCGGCGAGGCCAGCCGCCGCAGCCCCGCCCGCGCCCCCGCCCCCGCCGCCUACACCACCAUCACGUGCUGCCCGUCUAG